AUGGAUCUUGCAGCGUCUUCAACUAAGCUGGUGUUGGCAUACAUGGACUUUCAUGAAAAACAUGAACUAGCUGUGAAGCAUUUUCCUCACAAUGAGAAAAUACGAAAGCUGAAGGAAGAUGCAAUGGGUAUUUGUGACGAGCAAAGAUUGAGUUCUCAAGCUAUGCCAGAAAAUCAUAGCUUUUCUUUAAGCCAAGACGAUGAGUAUUGGCAAGAUCUAGCCGUCAUUGAAGCUUGGGAUAGAUUUUCCAAGAUUUCUGCUAAUGAGAAGAAUAUAGCAAAUAGUCUUUCUGAAAAUGAAGGUCCUGCUAUUGUAGUUGAAACUGAAAAAGUUGUAGGAGGUUCAAGUAUUCGAUCUGGUUUGAGAUCUUCAGUUAAAAAAGGAUUUGGAACUCCUACUUUCAGUUUAGGAUUUGAUGAUCCGGAGAACUCCCCAACUAUUGUACAACCUUUAGUAGCUGCUGAUGCUGAUGUUCCUGUACGACCUUCAGUUGUUGCCGAUGCUGAUGUUCCUUGUGCUGUAGGUGGUGCUGAUGUUCCUGUUUUGAAGAAGCGUAAAGUUCAACCAUCAAUGCUGCUUAGAUCACCUUUUAAGGCACGGAUUAUCAACAUUUACACUACAUUAUCAGAAGUUCAGAAAACUGUCUUGGAAGCUCUGUUUGAUGAUGAUAAAAAUCGUUUUGAUCUAGUCUUUUUAUCCAAAGUUAAUGGAGUGCAUGAUGUUGAAGUCAUGAGAUUUCAACUUGAAAAGCUGUAUACUCACCUUAAAAUUGAUUCAGAAAUCAUUAAUGCUUGGUGUAGUAUUUUGAAUUAUAAUGAGCAAUUUAGAGACUCAAGUUCUCCUGCUCGUUUCUUUUUUAAUGUUACUGCUACUGAGUGUCUUGUUCAUUAUGAGAUUGAUUCUGUUAGUUAUCGGAAUACUAUGUUUCGUGAGGUUGCUCAGAAGUUAUACAGCCAAAGUGUUGUCCCAAAGAAGGAAAUUCAACUUUUCUUCUUUCCAGUUUACGAAAUAGGUCAUUAUUUCUUGGUAUGUUUCAACACUACCACAGAGCAUGGUAAUAUUGAGUUUAUUGAUUAUAGUGAAGAUUCCGGAGAUCAUACACAGCUUUUAAAACAUUUGGUACGGUUUAAAAGUUAAUUUCUAUUAACAUUAUGUUUGCUUAUUUCAGUAAAAUUAUUAGAUUUUAAAAAUAUCUAUUAUCUUUUCUCAUUUGACAUGUUUAUUUUCAGAGAAGUGCAUUUUGCAAUUUUAUGCAAUAUGAAGGAAAUGUACAGAGCUCUGU